CAGCUCAAGCACAAAUUUCUUCAAGUCAUUCAGGCUUCGGCAACGACCAAAAUUGCUGGCAUUUGAUUCUCAUAUUCGUUGGGCUAUUCGAAGCAGAGGUUCCAGCUCCCAAAAACAUCCCAUAAGUAUUUUUCGCCAUGUCUCGAGGUAGCAGUGCAGGAUUUGACAGGCAUAUAACUAUCUUUUCACCGGAAGGGCGCCUGUAUCAAGUUGAAUAUGCUUUCAAAGCAAUUAAUCAAGGGGGUCUUACCUCGGUUGCCUUGAAGGGUGUAGACACUGCAGUUGUUGUCACCCAAAAGAAAGUGCCUGACAAGUUGAUUGAUCCAUCAACUGUUUCUCAUAUUUUUAAGAUAACCACAAACAUUGGAUGUGUUAUGACAGGGAUGACAGCUGAUGCCCGCUCCCAAGUCCAGCGAGCUCGCUAUGAAGCUGCUAAUUGGAAAUACAAAUAUGGCUAUGAGAUUCCAGUAGAUGUUUUGUGCAAACGAAUUGCAGACAUUUGCCAGGUUUAUACCCAGAAUGCGGAAAUGCGUCCUCUGGGCUGCAGUAUGAUUGUAAUUGCCUAUGACGAAGAAAUGGGACCUGCUGUAUACAAAGCUGAUCCAGCAGGAUACUACUGUGGAUAUCGUGCUACUUCGGUCGGUGUGAAACAAACCGAAGCUUCUUCAUAUCUAGAGAAGAAAUACAAGAAGAAACAAAACUACACACAUGAUGAGGUUAUCCAGCUGGCUAUCACCACACUUUCACAUAUUCUAACUGCUGACUUCAAACCCUCUGAUAUUGAGAUUGGAGUAGUUUCUAAGGAUAAACCAACAUUCAGCAUUCUGUCGGAGACUGAAAUUGAUAAGCAUCUUACUGCUAUUGCUGAAAAGGACUGAACACAAUUUUGUGACUGUCAUUUCAACUCUGAAA